AUGGAAGAGGGAGAAGAAGAAGAUAAUAGGCGAUCAAUGGACUAUCAGAUAAGUCCAUUACUCACUGACAUCCCAUUAGAAGAAAAUGAACAAAUUACAGCAAUAUCAAGUUAUAAUCAAAUCAAUGUUUAUAUAGGAACUAAUCAAGGUAGAAUACUCCAUUAUCAUCAUUUUGAAGAUGUUAAAGAAUAUAUACUCAUAUCACAACUAGAGAUUAGCAAUGACCUUCCAAAGCAUCCGAUUGAUAAGAUAAUAUGUCUUCCUAAUUCCCAACGAAUGUUAAUACUAUCCAAUCGAAUAACCACAUUUCAUUCAUUACCUGAAUUAUCACCAAGUCAUGAACGAAAAAUGAAGAAUAUAAAUCACAUUGAAAUCAUAGAUAUUACUACUAAAGAAUCAGAUUCUGUAUUAGUACUAAGCCCUUCCAAGAUCAGGAUUGUACAAUUUCAAGAGAAUCAAAUAAAAGUUGCACGAGAAGUAAAUUAUUCAGGAGCAAUAACAGGAACAUCAUAUAAGACAUCAAAUGGUGGCAUAAUAGUAUCAGUUGCCAAUCAAGACAAUUAUGAUAUCCUAGACAUAGAUAACAGUCGUAAAAUUCCAUUAUUCGGCUAUAAAAAUGAUUCUGAAGUUGUUGUCAACCCCUGUAUUCGAGCCUUUUAUGCUCAAGACAGUCGACAGGAAGAAUUCCUAUUGACUAUUCUGUCAGAUUCACAGACUUCAAUUGCCAUGUUUAUUAAUACUUCUGGAGAUGUCACUAGGGGAACAUUGACAUGGGUGGGUGAUGGAUAUCCCAAUGGUGGAGUGGAGAUUGAUUGGCCGUAUUCCUUUGGAGUUUUUAAUAAUGAGAAAUCCAAGUUGAUUGUUUCGUCGUUGAACACUUUAGAAACUGAUAUUAUAAUGACAUUGGAAGGAUUCAGCAAAUCAGUUCAAAUACAGAGUAGGGAUCCAAUAUCGGAUGAUAAAGAGGAGACUGGACAAUUUAAGAUAGAUCAUAUAUCUCAGGUCUCGUUCCAAGACUCAUCACUUGACCCAAUACUAUCGUGGAAAGAUAUAAUAUCAGGAGAUGUACAACCCCCGCAAUGUUUAGAAACCUCGAGCAUAAUACUAUCUAAUGGGAGGCAAGUGUGGAGUAUUCAUCAACGAAAUCAUAUAUUAAAAAUUCAGAAAGAAUUCGAAAAGUCAGUUGACGAGAACCAGCAUGAGGCAUUUUCUACGAAUAAUUCGCUAGCUAAUUACCAAGGAAUCAUGAAACAUUAUAUGUGCCACUUAUUACUACUAGCAUCCUUAGCAUGUAAAGAUCAAGAGAAAACAUUGGAAUACCUUACACUCGAGGAAGGCGAAGCACUCAUAAUAUCUCCAGAGUUAACUUUAUUUCUCAUUGGUGGGAAAGAAUACAAAUAUAAAGGCAUCUAUUUAGGUAUUGAAAAAUUUGUUGAGGAAUGGAAGGUUGAAAGGGAUACCAGUCUUUUAAAAUUAUACAUUCAAACUAUCCAACCCCGGUAUCUCACUUCCGAAUUACGAAAUGAAUAUUAUUCUAGUUGUGAUCAGGAGGAAGAAGUUUUAGAUUUCUUCACGGGGGAUGUGAAUUCUUGGAAUAUCUAUGAUGACGCUAAUAAACUGUUGAUUCAAAUUAUAGCCGAGAAAGGGUUUCAACAUGCAGUCUGUGAAGUUUAUAAUAUCUUAAUUGGGAAGGAGCUUCCAGAUAAGAAUGACAUAGUUCAUGAUUAUUCUGUGUAUUUGUGUGAAAAUUUAGCAACUGGAAAUAAAACCUUGGACAGGGCAAUUUCAUUACUUAGCAGCGGGUGGUUGAGUGACAAAGACUACGGUAAACUCCUCGUGGGAGUGCUAAAGUUGGAUAAAGAUAGAGGAUUUGCAUUCAUCCGAUCCAAUAAGAAAUAUCUAGAUAUUAAUCGAGCUGUUAUGAAAGAUUUAUCAAAAGAUGAGAAGGGUCAAGAACAAUUCGCAAUUUUGCAGCUUGAAUUAUUGGAGGCAUCCUAUCUUCGAGAUGAAGGAAACACAGCACUUCUUCGAGAAUUGAUAGAAUUGACCAUGAGUACAUUGAUGUCAUCAGAAGUUUAUACCAAGGAGGUUCAGGAAGCUUUUAGUACGUUACAAGAUCAAUUUAGACAAAUAAAUUCGUUGGAGAAUGAUAGAUGGCCAAAGAUAACCUGGCCAGAUUUUGUUUGGAUAAGUGGACAAUAUAAGCAACAUAAGGUAUUUUUGGAGAUGUAUUUGAAAUCCAUUGAAUUGUGUUUGACUAAAAUAAACGUGUUAGAUGGAAUUGUCAUUCCCGAGCAUGACAUUUUUAAUUAUCAUAGAUAUAUUAUGAAUAAUGAUAUUAUAGAGUUUUUUAAUUUUUGUGAUUAUUCCAAUACUGAAUCAGUUGCUAUUACCGGCAAGAUAUCUAUACCGAAAAAGACCUUCUAUUCCAAGGACUUACAGCCAUUUGAAGAUGAUUUGGAUUUAUCAGAAAUACGAUCUAAUCUAAUCCAAAUAUUUAAACUUUAUUUGAAUGUGUUUGAUUCAGGCCAAUCAGUUGAACCUUGUAUAAAACAUUUUGUAGAAAGUUAUAGCGGGAAAUAUUUAAUGCCCACAGAAGUUUUAGACUUGGUCCCCGAUAAUUUCCCCUUAUCAUAUCUCAUAAAAUUCUUAGGGCAAGCAAUUGUUGAAUUACAACUGAAAUCAAGAGAACAAAUUUUCCAAAAGGCGAUUACCAGAAAUGAAGGAACAAGACUUAAAAAAUUAUACAAGGAAUUCUUAUCUACUUCUAUAUAG